GCGGAUUGCUGGAAAUGUGGAGCACAACUGUCCACACCUCACAAAAGGAGGAAAACUCCAAACCACGUUCAACAAAUACGAAACAAAACCUCAAGAGAACAAACAAAUGCCAGAGAGAAAAACCACAUUGAUCUGCAUUUUUUUUUCUUUGGUUUAUAGUUCCUUGCCUAGGGAUCAUCACCUCCAAUAAUCAUUGCACGGAAUGAAAAAAAAAAGGAAAGUAUUUUAGAGACCCCAUUCUUUAGGUUAAUUAGUGGAAGCCAACGCCAAAGUUCCAUGUGAUUACACUUUGUCAUGUCAUCAGUACGUGCUCCUUUCUUAUUUUAUCGAUCUUUCGGGUCUGGGGGCUGGUCUUGGAUUAUAUAAUGAAUUGUGUUAAAGAGUACACAUAAAUGGGUAGACCUCUAAGCAUAAUAUGGGGAAAAUGAGGCAGUAGGUUAUUGAUCUUUGGAUUUUUAUAUAGCUAGCGACUCCCAUGAUUAAUUGCUUGUGGAUUCUUUCUUAUUUUUCCUUAUGCUGGUAUGUAGAUUACCUUCCGUCUGUAUUUUUGUUGUCUGUGUCAAAAGUUGAAGACGAUUGAGGAUAGUUUUUGGGAUUUGUGACAAGCUAGUUAGUCAUGAUAAAUACUAGCGGAUUUUCGUUGAUUUUGCGUUCAUAUAGAACAUCUUCUGUGGAUGACUUCUUUUUAACAUUUCCCUGCAAUUAUUUUCGAGUAACAAGCCCCACUUUAGUGAUAUGUCUUGUUUGACCAAUAUGAUAUUUAUAACAUUACAAAUUUACAGGUCUCUUCUUAAAUCAUCAGCACAAGUUGCUUUAGACAUGAACUCAUUAUGCUUAAGCUUCGCUUCCUGAGAAGACUGUUAGAUAGUGAAGGCAAUUGGUAAGCCUUUUUUUUUUGGUACCACUGCCUAUGGCUAUGCGGCAUAUAUUUAGUACGAAUUUGAUAAGUGUUUUUUUUUUUUUGGUUUGAGCUAUUCAAAUGCUGACAUGUUGUAUAUGAUCUAUGUGAAAUGGUGGACUCAUAUUAUUCAUAUGAAAUUGUGUGUUUAUCUUAAUAUCUUAGAUGAAUGUGACAAAAAGAUAAUGGAUUCAGUAUUUGAGAUAACUGUGACAAAAAAAUAAUGGGUUCCGUAGGUAGAUUGCUGUAUUUAGUAUGAUUAAAUAUAAUACCUUCUUCAAAUCAAUUAUACCUUUCGUGUAUUUUGCAAUAGUCCAAAGAAACAAGUCUAGAAACAAAUUUAGGGGAGUCAAUUUAAGACAGGGGUGUCACCAUAUAAGAGGGCCAGCAUUACAGUCAAAGGGAUUAGACAGCUUGCUGGCCUUCUUAUAUCGUGCUAUGCCAACCUCAAUUAUCCUGUCUGUUGCAAAUUUGCAACAUUAGAAAAUAAAUAAUACUGUAUAAAACAAAGAGUCAUAAAAGAAAAGUAGUAGAGCAGAACAGUAACACGGCCUUUCAUAAAAACCAUUUAACUAACCAACCAAAGCGCACCCACUAAAGUAAACGCACAGCUUCAUCCACAGAAGCAAUAAAUGUAGUUUUAAGGAAAUGACGGGUGCUCUCUCUUGAUUCCUUUAUAACUCUCCUCUUUCACCGUUCCUCUCUCUACCUUCAACGCCCCACCCUCCACUCCGUCCCGUUUAUUCUCUUCGUCCACAGAUCCACCCCUCUUGUUGCACAUGUAAAGAUAUUCACUCGAUCGUAUCUCAAAAGCCUGCAAGAACAGCGAAUCUUUUGAAUCUUGUGAACUCUGAUUGGAUGGCGUCAUCUUUGAUCUCCAACUCUGUAACGAACUCUACCGCGGUUGUUGACCGCUCAAAAAGGAAAAAGAAGAAGAAAUCGCUGGCGCAAGCAAGGGACCAGGACCAAAACGACCCUGCCAAGUGGAGAACCGAGAAGCAACAACAAAUAUAUUCUUCCAAGCUUAUACAGGCUUUGGGCCAAGUCCGGCUCAGUCCUCCUUCUCCAUCGGUCCCGCGUCAAGGUCGAUCUGUGCGAGAAGCUGCCGAUAGGGCGUUGGCUGUUUCGGCGAAGGGGAGGACCAGGUGGAGCCGAGCGAUACUGACUAACCGGCUGAAACUCAAGUUUAGGAAACAACAGCAACACCACCAGAAGAGACAGCAGAGAGUAAUUGCAGCUGCUUCUGGUAGUACCCGGUCCAAGAAGCCUAGAGUGAGCGUGUUCAGGUUGAAAGGCAAGAGUCUACCAGCUGUACAGAGGAAAGUCAAGGUACUUGGCCGUUUAGUCCCUGGUUGCCGGAAACAGCCGUUGCCGGUCAUUCUAGAGGAGGCCACUGAUUACAUAGCAGCCUUGGAGAUGCAGGUCCGAGCCAUGAGCGCUCUCGCAGAUUUGUUAUCCGGCUCCGGAUCCAUCUCUUCCGCAGCCUCUAGCUCCGCUCCUCCGCCGAGCCAAUGACUCGAAUAUUUCUUUUUUUUUUCUCCCUAAUUUUUUUCUCCCUCUCUCUUGCAAAUAAUUUCUUUAUUUUUCAAGGAAUUUUAUCCGCCAAGCCUAAAUACGAAUAAACACAUGCAUACAUACAUAUUCUGCAUAUUAAUUAUUAAUCAUGUUUAUAUUGAAAUAUAUUGGAAUAAUCCAGUCCCAGUA